UGCCAAACCUGCACUGCAUGGAAACGAGAACUAAUGAAGUACCUGAAAAAUCCUAGGGAAAGGCUAAAAUGGAAUAAGAUGAAAAGCUGGAAAUGGCCUUUGGCGCCCGACGACGUCAGGGAAGUGUUUAUGCCGGGAGACUGGAAUAUGAAAGACGUCAAUUUCAAAGACUUGUCAACAGUUAUCAAUGUGUGGAAAAGAUGCACAGAGGUCAGUGGCCGAAUGGUAAAUGGUAUUGACCCUCUAAGAAAACUGAGAAAUGAGUUUGUACAUAAAUAUAGCUCUACACUGAAAAUUGCAGAAAAUGAAAUGCAAAAUAAAUUCAUCAUAGUAUUCAACGUUCUAAAUCAUCCAGACAUUCAAGCUGCCAUACCAACUUUUAAUGACCUGCUAAAAACACUGCAGGAUCUUGAAAAGUUUGGUAUGGAAACAAAUGUGGAAAAGGCAUUAAAUGAAAUUCAGUCCACUUUAGGAAGAGUGCUAGACGAAAAGCAGAAGAAAAACAAGGCAAGGGAAGAAAUUCAGAGAACAAAUAAAGCAGAAAGAAAAAAGCAGAUGAUACUGCUAAUAUUAGCUUUAUUUAUGAUUCCAGCAGCAAUGUAUAUAUAUAUUAUGUUUGAUUCAAGCAACUUCUCUGGGGUAAACGAAGUUCCGUUCCGGAUAAACAUGUCAACUGAUUACACAGAAGAAGGUUGUCUGUCUGAAGAACCACAUUCAUCAUUUUCACACAAGUAUGUCCGAAUGCUUAGUUACCUGUCUCAUCAUCGGUCAUUCGUUGGUCGUCAAUGGUUAUUUGAAAGUUUGGAAGAGCGUCUUCAAGAUAAUAGCACAAAGCAAGGGGUAAUACUUAUGGCUGAUAUGGGUUACGGCAAAACAGCUGUGGUGGCUAAAAUUGUGUGUGCGACUCCCUCUGAUGACAGUUACAACUUGAGAAAGCGGCUGAUUGCCUACCACAUCUGCAGGUUUGAUUCAAUUAUAACAAAACGGCAAUUUGUUUUUAUUAGAAGAUUAACAUCAAUGAUAGCUCAGUCUAUUCCGAUGUUUUCAGAACUUUUAAAGUACCAAUAUACAUCAUGCACAGAUAACUUUGAUGCUGAAACAUGUGAAAAGGACCCUUAUGGUUGUUUUGAUGAAUGUUUGAUAAAUCCUCUACGAAGUCUACCUGCCCAAAGUGGAAAGCCUAAACUUAUCAUUAUCGAUGCAUUGGAUGAAUGCGAACAACACGAAGAUGAUAGAAUUAAUGGAAUCAAUGGCAUUGCAUCACUACUGAAAUACAAACUUCAUCUAUUUCCAAAAUGGUUUAAGUUUAUAUUGACGUGUCGAACUGUUUGGUAUUGCCGGCAGCUGAAAUCUAGAAUGGAUAUUUUGAACUUGGAUUCGGGCGAUAAAAGAAAUGUUAACGAUAUCAAGACUUUCAUCAGUACUAAGGGGUUUAAUAACAACGUAUAUGAUUUUAAUUUUGAACCUUCAAGCUUCCUUCUAGUAUUGAGCAUUCUUAAUUCGGACGCAUCUUUAGGACAAAUUCAGUCAUUAAACAUAUUCUAUGAACACCAGUUCAAAAGAUAUUUUGAUAUCAAAUACAAACAUGCUAAGGAUAUUUUAGAGAUAAUUUGUUCUUCAUUUCAACCAAUAAUUGAAACACAGUUGUGGAACAUUGUUUCAGACACGACGGAUAUAAAUCCUGAAGAUUUUGAAGCGGCUAUGAGACACUUGGCUCAUUUUCUGAAAUCUAUUGAUAACAAAGUACACAUAAUGCAUGUUUCGCUGCAAGAGUGGUUACUUGAUAAGGAAAAUAUCGAUUUCAAAAUAAAUCUUUCGGUAGGUCACUAUCUAAAUGCACUUUACUUGUUGAAACUACUGAGAGAAAAGCGAGAGAAGAUAGAUGUAGUUACGUUAGUGUCACAUGCAGCCUAUGCAAACACGAACAUGAAGGUCAACGUGCUAGACAACUUCUAUUCCUUGAAAACAAAAGACGUUAUUAAAAUGGAUAACAACAAAAAUGAUUAUCCAUUGCAUCGCCUUGCACGAAAAUCUGACAGCGCGGUCGCUGCUAAAUGUUUACUUAAGCAUUUUCCUGAAAUUGAUCGGCUAGAUAAAUACAAUGUGACGCCAGCCUUCCUCGCAGCUUCGUUUGGAAACUUAGAAAUUCUGAAGACAUUAACUAAGGCCGGAGCUAAUAUAACAUUCCGAACAAAAUCAUUUGAAUAUGUUAUACAUCUUAAUCUUGCAGCUCAAAUGUCGUUCGAAAAGUUUCACUGGGGUUAUGGUAUAUUAGACAUUGCAGCUCAAAAUGGACAAUAUAAUAUAGUUAAAUUUAUUUUAAAAGAUUAUAAAAGAUUCAAUUAUCCAAUAGAAACUAAAAAUGGAAUGAAUUUAUUACCAGUCCAUUUGGCAUGUAAGUUAGGGCAUAUCAAGAUUGUGAAAUACAUAUAUGAAUGCAGUCAGUGGUUAGACAACGUCUGCCUGUACUACGCGGCUGAAGGAGGUCACACAGGUUUAGUAGAGUAUCUAUUAAAAAUAAAAAUCAAAGAUGAUUGUAAACUCUGCGGACCCAACCUUCACUGGAUCCCUAAAGGCAUGAUAAGAAUACAAGGUCAAAUGAUCGUUUCAAAUUUUCAACGUCGGUAUCAAAACAUUUAUAUUCUUUCUGAUGACUGGCACUUCAUAGCCUGCGAAACAGCUCUGCAUGUCGCAGUACGGAAAGGAUAUGUUGAAGUCGUCAAAGCAUUAUUACAUUUUCCCACCAUAUACAGUUUCAAGUGUGCAGAUCGAGGUGGUAGGACACCUCUGAUAUCUGCAAUACAAUAUAACCAUACAGAUAUUGUUAACAUAUUUAUAAGUAAAAAUCUAUUCAGAAGUGGUGUUAAGUGUGUUAGACCUCCCAGUUUAUCUGACAUUCCUCAGUUACACGAGAAGGAACGGACUAUUUUGAAAUCAUAUUCCUGUCCAAACGCGUCUUCUGUCAUGCAUAUUAUAGCAAAAUGUAAUAGUGUUUGGGUUGUAGAUCAACUUCAGAUGCAGAAUAUUACACCUAAAUGGGACAUUCGUGACAGUGAAGGUUGUUUUCCUGUACACACAGCAGCUUGUCAUGGAAGUAUGGAGGUCUUAAAACACCUGUUAGACAUACCAAAGAACAGAUCGAAGGAUUAUAAAUGCACCGAUGGUACAUCACUACUUGAAACAGCUGCAAAAUGUAGCUCUUAUGCAUCUGUAAGUUUCCUAGUAGGAGGUACUGUUAACAUCGAUUCAUAUUACCUAAAAAAAUCUGUGGUUUUCGUGGCGCUCAAUAGAUCAAAGGGAAUUUCAUUUGCUGUGAAUAACUUAGAUACUGAAUCGAACAUUUCAAAGAUAAUACAAAUCUUUUUAAAAAAUCAAGAUGAUAUUAUGAAAAAAUAUGAAAGAAACCGAAACAUUCUUCAUAUAUCCUUAUUACAUGGACACCAUCAGGUGGCAUCUGAUAUUUUUCUGAAAUAUUCUAAAGCAGCUAUUCAACUUAUGAGAGAUAAAGAUUUAGAUACCUACACACCAUUGCGUCUAGCCGUAUCAAAUCUUGAAAAGACAACCAGUUUCUUGUUUAACUUCUCCUCCAACACAACCAUGGAAACGAGCAAAUGUUUUCUAACUAAUAGAGAUUACACUAUUUUGAUAUCUUUAGACUUUAUUGAGAAGAAAAGUUUACUUUCUGAAAAUGGGCGUAAGUUAUUAUUAUUAGAACUCAUACAGAAAAACACAUUCCGCUGGUCUCUAUGUAUUUUAGACUUGUCAACAAAAACAUACUUCGAGAUGAUAAAUUUAUUGAACAAGUUUUUAGGGUCGACUCUACUUACAUUUUAACAUUUGACAUACUUUUUCUGAAACUGUUAGAUUUGCAACAUUUACUAGCAAACAAAAUUAUGUGUAACAUCAACUGCACAAAAAUGAUUACUAGUUGUCAUUCACAUACAUUAGCUCUUAGAUUUGGCCAAGUGUCUUCUGCAGGUCUUAAAUUACUGGGCGAAUAUUAUUCGGGUAUUAUUGAUAAAAUCAUUCUCAAUUUUUUUCCGGAGAAUCGUGAUUUAUUGAGCUCAUGCUAUGACGAUGAUGGUUAUAAUGUUCUUGAAAGGGCUAUUCAAGGAGGUUCUCAAAGGCUGUUCCAACACUUAAUCAAACUUGGCGUUAAAAGUAAACGAUCUAUUACAGAUCUAAUUCUAUUUGCAAUAAACCCAUCUUACAGAUCUAAAACCGAAACGUAUUUUAUCCUAGGGAAACAAAACAUGGAUGGAUCUACUUUUGUGAAACUUAUUGAUAAAAAUCAUAUUCGUGAAGACAUAUCGCAAGCUACUAGAUUGGGUUACGGUGCAGUCACAAAUCUCUUGCUUGAGUUUUUCAAAAAUUAUAAAUUUGUAUCUUUUCAAACUAUACCAAGAUCGUAUUUCGAUAUGGACACGAUCGUUUCAAUAAUUAUAAAUAAGGGACACACGUCUACAAAAAAGAAUGUAUUUUGUUCAGGACAUAAUGCACAGAAGUUAUCUCUGGUUCAUAUAUUUGCAAUGCAUGAUAUGUCUCUUACACUUUCUAAUAUUUCGCACUUUUGGGGUUCAGAUGUUUUGAACUGUCGCAAUUUCCAUUCUAUUACUCCAAUGUAUUUAGCAAAUAGUUUACACCAGGGACGUGUAAGUGACCUUUUUACUUCUAUGUCAUUUAAGAAAAUAUAUCCAAAGAAGUCUGACGAGAAGGAUUUUAUGUCCACUUUUUGAGCAGAUUCCUUUUAAAAAAUUAUGGGAAUAAGGACAUUUUUUGUAUAUUUCGGUAUUAUAAGAAACAUAUGCCAAGAAAUAUAUAUGCAAUUUUAAAGGCAUUCGUGUGUUUUUCAAAAUUUUCCAAAAUUAUUGGUGAGAGAUAUAAGUUGGCAGAAGAUCUAUCCUUUAUCUUUUCAAAUUACAAAUUGUUAGUAUCAAGAGAAAUGUGUACAUCUAAAGGUCGAAAAAGGCUGAAAGGAUUGAUGUCGGGCCCACGGUAUUUAGAUCUCGUCAGACAAACGGACGACCAUAUGAUUAACGUGAUAAAUGUGUUUAUAAAACCUCUUUAUUAUCUUAAAGGAUUUGACAAAACAGUCGAUAAUUUGAAAAAUUCGAUAGAAGAUAUUCAAACGAACCCAACAGGACUCCUAAGUCACCCUCAUUUCUGUGAUUACCAUAAAAUUGAAAAUUGGGGUUAUUUGAGAAACCAAUUUCGAUUUCUAAUUGAAUAUCUAAAAUUAAAACUGGUGGAAGAAAAUGGCAUUAUGAUUGCAAAUACAUCAUUCUUCAGUACAAGAUUUUACAUGGACAAACCUAGAAAUAUAGCCCCAUAUAUACGUUUUCUGCCAUCUUUCAGAUACGUCAAAGAAAUUGAUAACUUACCUUUCUUCGAGGACACAUAUCUUUUAUUUCUAAAAUUAGCAAGCGCUGAUGGUAGCUGGGGUUUCAUUGACCAAACCAGCAAUGUAUUUUUGUACAAAAAGUGGAACGAAGAAGCGGAAAAACUUAAGCACGAGUAUUUACAUGGUGAAGAUACAUAUACCUGAUAAUUACAGUAUGUUUAUAAAUUUUCGAUUUUUAAUUUUUAAUGUUUGUAUUUU